AUGAAAGUUAUAUGGUUUUAUAUUCUCAUACUUUUGUAUUCUGGUGCUCAUGGAGCACCAACCGCUGAGCAAUGCUCUAUGGCUGACAAUAUGAUUUCAUCGCAUUUGAGCCAGGUGGGAUGUGAAACUAUUGAGAAGGAUCUGAGUGCCAUUUCUUGCAAAAGACUUCGCCUCAAACAUCUUCCCAUUGUCAAACAGUGCUAUGAAGUUGAACUAACUGGAACCCCGCUCUCCUACUGUAUCAAAAGAAAAACUGAUGUGAACAAAGUGACCAAUAGAUGUGUGAAAACAUAUUUAAAACCGAAGGACACUUAUCAACUAAAACGACUCUUUGACUCUAACAUGAAAUGUCUGGUAGAUGGAUUUGAUCAAUUGUGUGGGGAAGAAGCUGGAAAAGUGAUUCAAGCGAAUCUGAAGAAGAUAAAGUAUCUGAAAGGGAUCGAUGAAGUUUUCGACGAGGACACUAUGGAAAUUCAUUCUUAA